AGUUGAUAUUAUGGUUGAUAAAUAUGGUCAAGGAGAAACUAGUGUCUACAAGUGUAGAAGUUGUGAUUACGAACAGGAAAUAAGAUCUAGUGGUGUCCAUGUUUCGGAAGGUGGAUCUGUCAUGGUUUUUUCCAGUGAAGAUGAAUUCCAUUGCCCUAAAGGUGAUUCAAGUGAGAAUGAUCAGCUACCAAGCAAAUGUUCUGGUAAGAGAUGCCCAGAUAUCUAAAGCAACUAUAAAGUAAUAAUUUAUUAAAAUAUUUUAAAAACUUAUUUCGCGGACUGAUAACGUUCUGGCGAAUUUCAUGUAAGGUAUGGCAGAAACCCUUAUUUUUUACAACUCCAGUUUCAGCCAAAACUGAUAAUUUCACUAACUUUGAACUGUCAAUAUAAACAUCAAUCCUUAUUCUUUUAAAGGAAGUGAUCAUGACAGUUCUCAUGAAGGUGAUCCUGGACCUGGUGCAUCUGAAGAGCAACUAAAUAACGCAGGAAACGAAGCAAGCAAAGAGAAAACGCUAGUACUGCCAAAGAGAAAAAAGAAAAGCAACGUUGAAAAGAGUCUGGACGUUGUCUUCGACAAAUUUAAGCAAUCUGCAGCAACCGAUUUUGAAAGGUUGGUUGUAAGCAAUAAUGACGAUGAUUUUGAAAAUUGAUUCGUUAACUGCUAAAAUAAUAAUAUGAAGGUUGAAAUAGAAGCUACCGAAGGCGAAGUUACAGUACUUAAGUUAGCUUGGUGUGAAUGCUUUCUGUAUCCAACUUUAAUGAAUUAAAUUUAACAUAAUUUGAACUGAAUAGUUGAGUACGUUGGGAGAAAUGAGAAAUCUUAAACAAACGUGAUGGAUUGUUUUGACUGUAAUUGUUAAACAAGUUUGCCACAUGUUUAGCAAUGGUAAAUUACAUUAUAUUCGUUAUAAUUGGUCUAUUUUGUGAUGUGUUUUACAGUAAUUGCUUUCUUCCGCAUUUUUUGUUUUAGAUAUCAAAAACUUGAAGAAGAGCGUAUUAAGAGAGAACACGAGUUUCGGAUUAAACAGAUGCAGAUAGAAAGUGAACGGAGGAAAGAAGAACGGCAACAUGAAAUGAACAUGUUACGUAUGAUUUUGUCCCCUCAACAACCUCCACACGGUGUUUCAUCUGGUAACAAUUUCAACAAUCCUGUUUUCUACCAUCCAACAUACAAUAGUGUUGAUCCUGGCAAUGGCAAUGGCAAUGAUAUCACAUACUCAAAUGGCGACGCAACGUAUUUUAAACUUUGAAGAUAAACUUGAAUAUCAGAGUUACAAAAAUACUUAUUUUUAUAUUAAGUUGAAACUAUAUAAGUUCUUUCAAACUAUAUAAAUGAACAGGUGGACAUAGUUGAGUUUUGUACAUAUAUACUGUAUUUAUAUACAGGAGUAAAACUUUAAUAGAGUAUGUCAAACAUAAUAUUUAAUGGGGCCGGGGAAGGUGCUUUCGAGUUAACGUUCUUGUGACUGCAAAAAGCAAAUUUCAUACACACAUGUCUCUCUUGUCAUCUUGAUCGUAGACUGUAAUGUAUAAUUUAUAUGUUAAAGCAUGUAAUGCUUAAGAGAAAUGCUCGGUCAAAGCACUGCGAAUCCUCUCGACAUCAGGUGCAUCAAUCUCAUCAAAUGCCACAAUUUGCUCUUCAAAAACGUUGGGCUCCUCCCAGUUGGGCAAAAAGUCAUCUUUCCGAAUUUCACAAAUGUUAUGUAAAACGCAAGAUGCAUGAACAACCUCUAUUAAUGAAGGUACUUCCAUAUCAACUCGUUUAUGAAACCUGGGGAAUCUACCUUUCCAUCG